AUGUCAUCGAUUCAAGACAGAUUAAAACUAAGACGUGUCUCUUCCUCUGAAGCAUGGAGCAUACGAGAACAAUUAUGUCUUGCGUCAAGUGUACUGAAAUCUGGGGAUCAAAAUUGGAUAAGUGUAUCUAGAUCAUUAAAACCAUUUGUUGAAAAAGAAUCGCCAAGGCCAUUAGAUUGGUUUUCUCAGAGGUCAUGUGCUAGUCAGUAUACAUAUUUACUUGAGAAUGCUGACAUGCCAAGAAGAAAGAAACGGGAGAAUGGAGAAACCACUAGUGAAUUCAUAGUUAGAAGAUUGACACAGGAGAGAAUAUCUGAAUUGAAUCAAAUUCUUGGCUUUCAAAAGGAUGAAUAUCUAAGACACAAAGCAGACAUGAAUUUACUAAAAUCUGGUAUGAUUAUUAAUGAAAAAUUGGAAAAGAUGUGGCUAGAUAUACAGAAGGAAGAACAUGAGGAACAGAAAGUGCGAACUCAAUCAGUAUGGAUAGCAAAACGACAACAAAAGCAACAGGAGAUAAACUUACCCACUAUUUCCUCGGUUAUUGGAAACCAAUGUAAAAUCGUGGAAAACACAGUAGUAGAAACGCAAGAAUCUCCGACAGAAUCUUUGGCAGAAGACGAUGAGAAAAAAAACCGAGGUGGUAGAUCACCACUAUUGACAAGUUUGUUGAAAUCUCCAAGUCCAACCACACAGACGCAGACCACCACAUCCACAUUCGUUCAAUCGAACUCACCGACUAUCACUAGCCUACUCGGGUCUAGUUCUAAAAUAAUGAAUACACAACUGACACAAAAUGUGUCGCCACAGUUACAACAAUUGGUUUCAACCGCAAUAGCCAGCACGACUAAGGCAACAUUGGAGCGACCGUCUGUUGGGGCACCCACACUUUCAAUGCUGCUGGAAAUGCCAGCUAGUUCACAAAGAGGAUCUCUACCAAAUCUGCAAGCAGUUUCCACUGCAACGAUUAUUACAUCUCAAUCGACGCAACAAGUAACUGUGGCCACCACUGACGUGCACAACUUUCCGCAAACGCAACAAGCACAAAACGUCCAUCAUCAAAUGCCCAUUCAGGACGUAGAAGCGACCCCGACAAUAUUGCCAAAUACGAUACCGACUACUAACAACCAGACUACUAACAAUAUACCAAUUUCGGAAAAUAUGGUACAGAUAAUUGACCAUAUAGAUGAUGUUAUACGUAAGGAUAUAAUGACAGAUGUAAUGGAUAAAGAUGAGAUAAACGAAAUUAUUGGCGAUAUCGAAGAACUAAUUAAGGAAGAAAUUACCGCACAUAGUCCGCAGACACUUCAAGACACGAGCGGCAGCUCAACAUCGACAACGGCGACAGUGAUUGAUACCUUAACUGUACAAACAUCGCCACAAGUGGCGGAAAUUCCGGUAGUGGUAACUAUGGAGCCACGUCCAGAACCGAGAGACGUGGAUGAAACCAUAUCGCUAUCUAAUUCGCCGCAAAGCGAAAUGGCAAUCGAAGAAAUCGAUUCUAGUACGUCUAAUAUCGCUGAAAUAAUCGGCACUGUUGCUAUAGAGCCACAGGAACCAAAAAUUAUUAUUACUGAAGUAACAGAAACCAUGUCGAAUACGCUAGAGGAAACGAAAUCCGAAAUAAGCACUUGUGAUGAAAGGAUUAUCUUAACUGAAGAAUUUGUUCCAGAGCAAGAAAGUAGUGAUGGAGAAAAUGAUAAAGAAGAUAUAGUGGGAGAGAAACAUCUGAGUGUAGAAAACAAAUUCUUAAACACCACGUUAAACGUGGUAGAAAGAGAAGAGAAUGAACAAGAUGAACUUCUGGACUCGAAGAAGAUGAUAGAAGAAGCUGUGAACGUAAAGAAGGAAGAAAAAGUAGAAGAGGAAAAUGAACGUGAAGACGAAGAAAUGGAAAUGAUCAUCCCUAAUGACAAAAACGCUAACGAAUCCACCAAAGAACGAAAGGAAAUUUUGAAAGAUAUUGAAAGUAAAAAUAACGUUGGGUUAGAUCAAUUAGAAAUGCAUCUGGCAAAAAUUACAGGAGAUCAGCAAGAUGUAUUGUCUACAGAGGUUACCAACAUGUCAUCGGAGAUUACAAAUGACUUGCCCAAUACUGAAGACACCGAAAAAUCACAAGAUAUUAGUUUGAUUCUGGAGGACGACGAGGAAAGAGAAAGUAGUCGAAAUUCUGAAAGCAAGAAGAAAACGACACUGGAGCAAAUAAUCGAAAACACGAUUAAGAGUACAACUGAAUCUUUAGAAUCAUUCAAGGAAGAAAUAGUUGUUUCAAUAAAAAAAGAAGAAAUUAUUGUAGAGGUGAGAGAGGAGUCCUCUGUGAAAUCACAGGAAGAGAAGACCGUCGAAGGAACUUUGCAAGUAUAUACAGAAGAAUUUAAAAAAGAAGAGGAAGAAAUAGUAAAAGAUUCUUUGAAAAAUAGUAGUUCUAUCUUACAAGACAUAAAAAUAAAGGAGAAAGAAAUAGAGCAAGUUGAUGGAAUUGGGGAUGUCACCAUUAAUACAAUAACAAUUGAAAAUAUCCAGAGCAUCAAGAGUGAACCAACCGUAGCAGUUAAUAUAGAGAACGUAAGUGUUAAGAAAACCGAGAGUAUGGAAGUUAAAUUGGAAGAACCUAAAACGGAAAGAGAAGUAAAAAUACCUAUCGAUGUACUACAAGAAGAAGAUAGGAAUGAGAAUGUAGAAGUGAAGGAAGAAAAGAAAGAGAAAGAAGAUACUAAAAAGGGCACAGAUGAGCAAAACGUGAAGAAAGAAAUAGAAUCUGAGAUGACGAGUGCUGGAGAAGAUACCGGAGAAUUAGACGAGGAGGAGUCGUCAUUAAGCAAAUUGAGUAGCGGUCGAGCGAUGAAGACAUACUCAAAGAGACAGCAAAACAUUGCUGUAGACAGUGAACCGGAGAAUGAAGGUACGGGUGAAGGAGCGGAUUAUCGUGCCUGGAAAAAGGCGGUUAUGCUUGUUUAUAAUCGAUUAGCUACGCACAAAUACGCGUCAAUAUUUUUACGGCCAAUUACGGAGGAUCAAGCUCCUGGUUAUCAUACGGUGAUCUUUCGACCAAUGGAUCUAUCGACUAUUAAGAAAAACAUCGAUAAUGGUACAAUUAGGUCGACUAUGCAUUUUCAGCGGGAUGUCAUGCUCAUGUUCCAAAAUGCCAUUAUGUAUAAUAAACACGAUACGUUUGUUUACAAAAUGGCAGUAUCAAUGCAGGAGGAAUGUUUACAACAUAUGCAGAUACUAGUACAAGUAACGGGGGAAGGGACAUUUCGAAGGGAGACCAGAACUGCUACUGCAAGCAGUAGCAGCGAGACGAGUGAGAAUAACAUCAAAAGAAAACGUAGUCACAUAACACCAAGUCCUCAUGACACUGAUAGUUUGCGGUCGAAAAAACGUAGAAAAUCUGAGAAUGAUUAGAUCGUAUUGAUGACUGAUUUAUCUGGAAUAAAAAUUUAGAAGCUUGUGAGAACUUCUAGGAAAUAAGGAAUAUGAUAUGAGCGAUUAUAACUAUAUUAUUUAUAUUGAGAAAGCAUAUUGAAUAAAAUCAAUUGUAAAACUA